AUGUUGAAUCGAAUGACAGAAACAGGCAACGGGAGACAUAAAAUGCAGUGGGAUCGCAUGUUGGGGACUUUACUUAUUGCAGUUCAUAUAUUUGCUGUUCUUACAGCUUCACCGUCGGUCGAUGUCUCUCAAUGGACAAAGAGCUAUAAAUUAUAUGCCAUGAUGCCUGUGAAGCUCACACAAAAAAAAAGAAAUGAAACGAAACUUGAAUAUAGCCAACGGAGUGGAGCUAAUGUGCGAGAAGAAGAGAAGGCAAGUAUAGUGGAACAAAUUAAAUGUUCUAGACGAUUGAAUGAGGUUCUUGGAAAUUAA